CAACGCGGCUUGUCUCAGCGCAAUUACGGUUCUUUUAAUCACGAGUAUUUUGUGGGAGGCGUGAGUAUCGCCGUGGCGCGCAAUGUGAAAGUUUCGGAAUAAAGACCGUUGCAUGUAUGUACCUAAUCGGUCGCCUAGUUAUUCUCGAAUUUUUCGAAUGUGAAGAGAAAGGACAAAGAGAUGACAGACUCCUCGUUUAUCGUCGACCUGAACAAGCGAUCGGAGGAUCACUGCGGCAAAGACGCCCUCACUGACGUCUUCGGCUGGUUUCUUCAGGUCCUACUCGCCGCUCUCGCCUUCACAUGCCUUAUUCUCAAAAGAUUCUGCGAACCUCGCUACGAAAGAAGACCUUGGCUCAUCUGGUUUUACGACACGAGCAAGCAGGGUCUCGGUGCCCUUGUCAUUCACCUCGCCAAUGUCUACCUGGCUAGCAGAUUUCAAGGAGAUCCGUGCACGUGGUACAUCAUCAAUUUUUUGCUGGACUCGUCAGUUGGAUUACUGAUAAUUUGGGUUGGCAUUAGGAUAUCGCAAUAUUUGUCAAGGAGAAAGCAAUGGGAGUCCAUCAACUUCGGGGAAUAUGGAAAACCCCCAUCUGUCAACGCAUGGCUAACUCAAUGCGUUUUGUAUGUUCUGCUGAUGAUCGUUGUAAAGAUUUUCAUCACACUGCUGAUUCAGUUAAAUUUUUGGGACCGAGUCAAAGACCUGAUUCUGGCGCCGAUAACGAACGCGAGAGUCGAAGCUGCAGUUGUUAUGUUAAUAAUACCGUUUUUCGUUAAUGCACUGAUGUUUUGGGUGACGGAUAAUUUUCUAAUGAGAAAAACGAAGCAUCUUAGAACAGCCAAGGACCCUUCGUUGCUUCAACGUGUGAAAAUACGUUACAGAAAAAUACGGAAAGAUAAACGUGACGAGUCUGAAUCCGACAUUCUUCUGUCAGCUGACGAGGAACUUCUUGGCGCAAACGACCCCUUACACCGACUUAACAUAGCCACGUAGUAGGAUUGAUUUAGGGAAGAAAUUAUGUCACUCACAGCAUUAUAAUCUCUACUUACUCGCCUGUAAAAGAAGGUGGAAUAAUUUCGUCGUCGUUUCAAUAUUAGAUCUUUACAAUUAUAUUAAUAGCCUAACAUUCAACUGAACUCUGAGGAAUGACUUUUUUUUUGAUAAUUAUUUUUCCAAUUCGAACGAUACUCAAUUAUGUAAAAUAGGUUCUUAUUUAUUUUAUUUUUUUAUUCCGUUUUUCUUCUUAUUUUGCGAAAGGGAUUUGGAUAAACUGUUUAUACCAAAAAAUAUACCGACACAAUAUUAAUGCUAAUUUAUUUAUUGGAAUUUGUGUUAAAUUUGCAUAAAGCUUUUUUGUGAAACUUGUUGCUCGGUAUUCAAAAGUUCGAAUCGUAUGUGUAAGACAUUUUUAUUAGACAAAAAUUAUAACCAGUGUACAUAGAUAGAUAUUAUAUAUUCGAAAUGACUACUGGGUAUAUUACCUAAUAUUUAUCUAUACGUAUAAACGCUCUUGCUCUGUGAAUUGAAAAGAAUAUAAGCUUACAGAAUUAGGGAAAAUAAGAAAAUAACAAAAAAGAUAAGGCAGAAGAAAACAAAACAAAGAGAAUUCUUAUAUCAGCAGGAAGUAUCAAUUAGUUUGAAUAUUUUAUUUCGAAACCUGCUCCGCGUACCUCGAAAAAAAAAACAAAACGAGAGAGCUGUACACACAUGUAGUAUACACAAGGAUAUUAAUGGUAUAUUUUUAAAAGACUGUAUUGUACAGCUAUAACGUUAUAUUUUUAAUACAAGUAGGUAGAAUAGCGAUUUCCUUCAUCUAUAAGACUAUCAAAAGAAAAAAAAAAGACAAGAAAAUGUAACGUUUUCUUCGUACAUCACAAGUCUUGUUGAGAUCGUCAGAUUUCUCCGAAUAUUUCGUCAAUCUAUUCAACUUUUUACCUUCACAGAUAAUUCGACAAUCUCUCCCUUGUUUUAUCUUUAUAAAAAAUUAAACCGUCUAGUCUAUUUCCUCGUGUUACGGUAUA